CUAAGAAUAUGUGGGAUGUCAUUGGAGAAGGUUCUUUUUGCUGAUAUUCAUUUUGGGGAUAGUGCUUGUGCACCUAUUCAAUUUUUUUAAAAGGAUGGAUUCAGAUGAGAACGUCAUUCCUAAAGCAGGAGGGUCCCACACAUCCUCUAGUGCCAUAAGCAUUCCCGAAGAAAAUGGAAAUACAAAUGAGUUUAACAAGGCUCAAAGUUCGCACUUGUUCCUCAAAUCCUGUUCUAAGGUGGAACUCGUUCAUGCAACUGCUGAGAAAGAGAAGAAACAACUUAGUUGCUCAAAAUUUAAGAUUGGAGAUGAAUUAUCAAAAUCAAUUGGCAAAUGCAAGAAACAGGACUUUAAAAAGCACACUUCAAAUCAUUUAGCUUACACCUGCAGCCAAACUUCCAAGCAACCCAGAAAGGAUGAGCAUCCUGUUCGGCUUUCUACUGCAGAUGCCUCUCUGGAACAUGCAAGCACUUGGACCUGUAAGAAUUCAGCUUGUAAGGCUAUUCUUAGUUCGGAGGAUAUAUUCUGUAAGAGGUGUUCAUGUUGUAUUUGCCACCUCUUUGAUGACAACAAAGACCCCAGUCUUUGGCUGGUUUGCGCAUCUGAAUCAGGUGGUGGAGAUUGGUGCGGUUUGUCUUGCCACAUAGAGUGUGCACUUCAAUGCCAGAAGGCUGGGGUUGUUGAUCUUGGGCAAUCCAUGCAGCUUGAUGGAAGUUAUUGCUGUGCUUCUUGUGGAAAGGUUUCUGGCAUAAUAGGGUGCUGGAAAAAGCAGCUCGCAGUUGCGAAAGAUGCUCGCCGCGUAGAUAUUCUUUGCCACCGCAUAUCAUUGAGUUACAGGCUGUUGGACGGCACUCUCCAUUUCAAAGAAUUGCACAACAUUGUAGAAGAUAUGAAGGCGAAGCUUGAGGCAGAAGUUGGUCCUGUUAAUGGCGUAUCGGCUAGGAUGGCGCGGGGCCUCGUAAGCCGGCUUCCUGUCUCCAGAGAUGUGCAAAAGCUGUGCUCUCUCGGAAUUGAGAAGGCGGAAGAGUGGCUCAAUUCCGCUUGCUACUCGCUUACGAAGCAAAGAGAUUCGCUUCCCGCUGCAUGUAGAUUCCAAUUUGAGGAGAUAACAUCAUCUUCUCUUCUAAUUGUUGUGAAAGAACCAUUAUCUUCCUCGCCUUAUGCCAUCAAGGGUUAUAAGCUCUGGUACUGCAAGAACAGGGAGCAGAUUUACCAGAAAGAACCCGUCAUAAUCCCCAGAGCCCAGCGAAGGAUUUUGGUUCCGAACCUUCAGCCGUGUACGGAGUACGCUUUCCGAAUCAUCUCCUUCACAUCGGAAGGGGAUUUGGGAGCCAGGUGCUUCGCCAGGAGCGUCGAGAUAAUUCACAAAGAGAUGGAGCAAGCUGGGACAGAAGGGUGCUCGACCAGCGGCAAGAGAGAUUCCAAGGUCCCAAAUACUGGAUCGUCUGGAUUCAAAGUCCGAAACCUGGGGAAGAUUUUACGGCUAGCUUGGGCUCAAGAAGAGGGUUGCUACGACGACUUCUACAAGGAUGACCUUGAAGAAGAAUCCUGCGAUGGGAGUGGUGCGGCCAAGCCGGACAAUGGCGAAGAGGAUCAAACGGAACCCUCCGUUGUCCGUCAACUUGAUCUGAACGUCGCAUCGGUUCCUGAUCUCAACGAUGAUCUCCCUCCACCCAUGGAAUCGUCACCGGAGAAUGGAUGCACAUCGCAAAAGAAUGGUACGCUAAGGUCGAAUGGCAGCGGAGACUCCCAGACUUACUUACUAAGGGUGGGCGGUGGCGAAAUCCCAGCUGUUGAAUCUCAUCCUGAUUGCCGAAAACUAUCACAGCGUCGACACGAGGAUGCUUGCGAUGGUGAUAGCACGUUGGUCAGCGGAGCUUCCCUCCGGUUUACCUAUGACUCCGGUCAGCUGGACGAUAACUACGAAUACUGCGUCAAGGUGAUAAGAUGGCUUGAGUGUUCAGGACACAUCGAGAAUGGCUUCCGCAUGAAGUUCUUAACCUGGUUCAGCCUCAGGUCCACCGAGCAAGAGCGAAGGGUCGUCGUCACGUUUAUACGAACCCUAAUCGAAGAGCCCAGUAGUUUAGCAGGGCAGUUGCUGGAUGCCUUUUCGGAGAUCGUUAGCUGCAAGAAGCCGCGCAAUGGGUUUUGCAGUAAGCUCUGGCAUUGACAAUAGGAAGCUUACAGUUUACUAACGAAUAGAGAACAGUCUAGAGGGCGAGCACUAUAACAGCUUCAACUUGUGGCUCGGCCAGUAUUAUUUUGCCUGAUUGGGAUUGUUUUUUUAGUAGUUGCAGCCAUUGGUCCUGGAAAUAACAGGUUUUUAUUUUAUUUAUUUUAU